CAAUAGAACAUACAUCUGGCUGCAAACCCAAAAUUCCAGAUACAAACUAAACCCUUCGGAGUGAGAUAAAAUGUCGUCGAUCACCGCCACAUUGGCACCAACGGAUGCACCAUCCUACGAAGGCAACUUCAGCUAUCUCCGCCAAAACAUGAUGUGGAUGCUUCUAUGGUUUACCACCAUGGUUGUCUUCAUCAUUCUUCCAUUUUGCACUUCGAAGCGCCGAAGAGAAGCGUGYGCGCGGGGAAUCCGGGAGCGACGGUGGAUCAGCCAGGAGGAGUUCGACGCCGAGGAGUUCAACCUUAUCGAAGCACGGGAACAGGAUUCCAGGCGGCAGCAGCGCGAAAACACCCAGCGCCAUUUCCAGAUCACGAAGACGCAAGAAGACGAAAUCAGGCACCAAUAUCUUUCGUACAUAAUGGAAGACUACACAAUGGUGAGUUGCCAUGCGAGUAGAUUUCAGCCUAGCUGCAAGGUGGCCGUGAAAUUCUUUCCUACAGCGCCCGAGUACAGAAUAGUUGCGUUUUCUCAGCUCUCUGCUUUUGUACGACUCUYAUCUUUUUGAUGCUUCGUCCAAAUCUGUGGACUGUGUUUGCGCCGCUUCAGACACUGAAAAGUUCGGAUAUCCAGGAUAAAGAAGACAUUGGCGACACUAGCACAGAAGACAACUUAGAGCAUGAAACAACUUUGAUCGGUAAAGAAACCGAGGAAUCAGAAAACGACGUUGAGAAUCAGUGCGAUGCUACUAUGGUGUCUUCCUCGAUCGAAUCUGGUGACACCGCUCGUGUGGCGAAGAUCGAUGAAAAUAAGGCAUCUACCGAUGGUGAGGUGGUUCCGGAAAUACCGGUGAGACAGAAGCGAUCUAAUACCGAGACGUCCGAGGACCUCCUGGAAUGUGAAUUCGACAAUAAUCAAACGGUUUGCGUUCCGCUUGCCGGACAGUCUGUUGGGAAGGAAAUCGACGAGAURGAGGGAGCGACUAGCGGCAACGCGCUAUAUUCAAACAACCGUCGCGUAGUUUCCAAUGGAUGUGCUAUUUGUCUGUGCCGCUUCGAAGAGGACGAACAAAUCACGUGGUCGUCGAAUCCCGACUGCUGUCAUGUCUAUCAUAGUGAUUGCAUAAUAAACUGGUACCUUGCAUUUGGAAGGAAGACCCAAAAACGGCGUCGGCGCAACAAYCCCAACAUAACCGACGAGGAAUGCCUCGACCUGAUUUGUGACUUUCCCAUCCUGUGCCCCUGCUGCAGGCAAGAAUUCUGUUUGAAAGGAACACARUUAAAUUCAGGCCACGUUGAAGUCAGCGGCGUGGUCAACACAACGAGCACGAAUUCGUAGAUCAAGAACAUACACUCAAAUUACUGCUUGCAGUCGACAAUGCGUUCCUUCUGCCAACACAAUUCAAAUAUGUUGCACACCUGGUGAAAUUUCAUCGGUGUGCAAUUUAUGUGUACUGUAUGUAAAUUAAGAAUGAAGAUGUAA